ACAAGGUCGAGCCAAUCCGCGAUCACUUCCGGGGUCUUGUUGUGUUUUCACGAUGGAAGGAGACGAUCAUCAUCAUCAUGAUCAUAGUCAUCACUUAUCAAUGUGUUCCUGCGAUAUAAUCAGGUUGCUCUGGUCUCUGCUGCUGCCCUGCAUCUAUCUCAGCCUGGUGUUGAGCCUGCUGCUGGGGCUGGUGGUUCUAGGGAUUCAGGCCUGGCUGCAGGGCCGCCGGGGGGCCCGGGGGGGACCCGACGGAAAGAAACCAAUGGUCGCCUUCUUCCACCCCUACUGUAACGGGGGUGGGGGUGGGGAGAGAGUGCUGUGGUGCGCCCUGCGAGCACUGCAGAACCGCUAUCCAGGCGUGGCGUUUGCCGUCUACACGGGUGACCAGGGAGUGACCGGAGAGCAGAUCCUGGAGGGAGCGCGCCAGAGGUUCAACAUAGUCCUUCCUCGGCCCAUCACCUUCGUCUUCCUCAGUCACCGGGCGAUGGUCGAGGCCGGGUCCUACCCCCACUUCACCCUGCUGGGUCAGAGCCUCGGCUCCGUAUUCCUGGGCUGGGAGGCUCUGACCUCGCUGGUCCCUGACGUCUAUGUGGACUCGAUGGGGUACGCCUUCACGAUGCCACUAUUCCGCUACCUUGGAGGGUGCAUGGUGGCCAGCUACGUGCACUACCCUACCGUCAGCACAGACAUGCUGUCUGUGGUGCGCAACAGGAACCCCAGGUUCAACAACGCCGACUACAUCUCUGCCAACCCGGUGCUGAGUGCGGUGAAGGGGCUGUACUACUGUCUGUUCGCCCUGCUCUACGGCCUGGCCGGUGGCUGCAGUCACCUGGUGAUGGUCAACUCCACCUGGACGCUGGGCCACAUCCUGGCGCUGUGGCGAGCCCCCGACCGCACCAGCGUCGUGUACCCCCCUUGUGAUGUCCGCUCCUUCCUAGAGCUCCCUCUGGAGGAGGAGGAGCCAGAGGAGGAGGAGGAGGAGGGGUGGGAGGAGCUUGGGCAGGAAACAGGAAGUGUGGUGGGAAGUGGAGGGGCGGGGGACAAGAAGUGCCGCUCUAUUGUUUCGGUGGGGCAGUUCCGGCCGGAGAAGGACCACCAGCUCCAGAUCCGGGCCUUCCGGAAGCUGCUGGACAGGAAGGAGGCGGAGGGGCCCGAGGGGCGGGAGUCCCUGAAGCUGGUUCUGAUUGGUGGAUGCCGUAACGAGGAGGACGAGGACCGCGUGCUGAUGCUGAGGGGGCUGUGUAUGGAGCUGGGCGUGGCCGACCGCGUGGAGUUUAGACUCAAUGUUCCCUACGAGGAGCUCCAGAAGGAGCUGGUCAGCGCCACCAUCGGCCUGCACACCAUGUGGAACGAACACUUCGGGAUCGGUGUGGUCGAGUGCAUGGCAGCAGGCACCAUCAUACUGGCCCACAAGUCCGGAGGCCCCAUGCUGGACAUCGUGGUUCCUCGCCACGGAGCCCAGACGGGCUUCCUGGCCGACAGCGACGAGAGCUACGCCGCCGCCAUGGAGACCAUCCUGGCACUGCCGGCGGCCGAGCGGCUGGAGAUGCGCCGCAACGCGCGGCUCUCCGUCGAGCGAUUCUCCGACCGCGAGUUUGAGUCCUGCUUCCUGUCCGCCACAGAGCCGCUGAUGGCUGGACUCGGGCCCUGAAGUGGGGCUUCUUCCGGUCCCCAUGGAGGCUUUCUCAACGGUUCCAUUGCCACCGAUUGUUGUUUAGCUGGCACCUAUCGCUUUUCUAUGGCGAUUCCGUCAAGGUUCCAUGGUUACCCCGUCCUGGUUUCCAUAGCGACCAAUUGACUACCCUACAGUAACUUUAUCUCUUGCUAACAGUAAGAAACUAGCAUGUCCUUAAAAGUUGUAGAAGUGGCACCAGCUAACCGCAAAUGCUUCUGCUAGCUACGCUUACAGAAAGUAACAGGAUCUGAGGAGGAGAGAGAGGCUGUUUUCCAGGCUUAAAGAGAGGAUGAACAGUACCAAUCAGCUGUUAAUUGGAAAAUACAUUUUAGUGGUGGUUACUCCUACAAGAGGCCCACCAAGAGACAAUCAAACCAUGAAGUUCUAUAAGUUAUAUGUAACGAGUUAAAAUCAGAAACCAAAAUCUGUUUUCCUGUAUGUCUUACCUAUUUUUCCCGCAUGCUCAUUGGCAGAUCAUUUCUGCCCUAGCCAAUCACAUUUGACAGUUUCUGAACGGCUGCAGAGCGGGUUGAUGUUGUUAGUUAAAGUGUCACUGUGAUCCUAUUCCUUUACAUUCCUCAUCUACAGGCGGCUCUUCUAAUAACCGCUUGUUUAAAUGUCAUUUCUUCCGUCCCAUUUGUGUUGGAUAAUUGUGCAUAUUUAAUUAAAACGUGUAAAUUAAUCUGUAUUUUUGAGAUGUUGAUUAGCUUCCCUUGUCUUUAAUAAACACUUUGGUUCCA